GGCCAGGUCAAGGAAGCAGUAGUAGUCAAAAUACGGUGUCGUGUCGUCAGCUUAUCUUCCUUCCUUCCGUCGCCGUUUGUCGCGUUUUCUAGACGAGGAGGAGGAAGUCCAAAGUUGGAGGAGACAGUUGGACCCAGAAAAAUGGAUCAGGGAGUAGUCCACUGGAUCCACCAAAUCACAACGAAGAUCUCUGUUUGGGCUCAAAGCCUCUAGAAUCUAGAUAGCAUAACACACGCAAUUUUGAGCUCACGAAUGACGCACCUACGUCGUGUUCGAUUCGAUUCGAUCUGUUGCAAUCUUUGAUUUGAAUCCGGCGGUACAGACCAGAUCAUUGCACAUCUCUGAGUCGCUGAUUCAUUAGUACCAUUUGGAUCCGAGGCUUGUGCCAUCUCCCAGCCAGGCGUGAAAUCACUCCCUUAGACUUGGUGCCACAUUACACCUUGGCUCCUUGGCGAAUUUGGCCUCCUAUCACAUUUAUUAGAGAUGUUGAUGCGGUAGAUUUCACAUGUGUGGCGAGGCUCUCGUGCCACCUCUUAGCAUGACAUCAUUUCACUUUUUAGGAAUGACAAGACUUGGAAUGUGAACGGUUAUUAUAACGUCUUUGGAUUCACACCUACUCAUUGAACAAAAAAAUUUGUUACGAAACAAGCCAUUUCAGCGAUUCGACAAUUUCUUUGGACUCAUACCAAAACUUCCUAUUUUUAGAAUUGCAGUUGUUUAAGAAAAGUAGCAAAUUGGAGGAAUAACAUAAUAAUAAUAUACAUCUAAUACAUUUCACAAGAAAAGUAGCAAAUUGGAGGAAUAGAAUGCAGGCAAUUUUAUUUUAAACAAGAUGAAUCGUCCAAAGCUAUACCUACCUUGGAAUACAAGUCCAACCUACUUUGUCUUGUUCUAGAACAAAUUACAAACAGCUGUUGUUCUAGAACUCAAAUUGAUGUUAGAUUCUUUGUUAAGAUUGAUUAAGCCAAGUAAUUACAAGGACGGCUGAGUUAAAAACAAUCUUUCCCUCCCAUUGUCGUGAUUCUCAAAGCAACACUCAUAAUUACAAAAAACACUCUCCAUCCAUUGUUGCUCUAAUCUACUACUCUUGCUCUCACUAAUCGAAGAACAAAGCAAAAGAGUAUGGAUUAAUAAAGAAAGUGGGUUUUACUAUAUAUUUCGAGUUACUGGGACUUGACAUGAUAUCAGAAUCUGGUUUCUCCAAAUGAUUAUGUGUCCAAAUUUUCAAUAUCACCAAUAUUAAUAGUUUAAUGAAACACAAAAUAUAAUGACAAGUGCAAACUUCAAACCCGUAAUUCGACUUUCAUUUGAGGAUACAUAUAAAAGAGUGAUAUAAGAUCCAUCAGUGGCGGAGGGAGAGGGUAACCGGGACCCACCCUAGUUCGGGAGGAAAAUGGUUGAAUUAGGUACGAUAAUUAAUUGAUAUCGAAAAUUAAGUCACAUUUAAUUGAUAAUAGUAGUUUUGUGUUUGAAUCUAAUACAGUAUACAUAUUUGUGCAAACUUCAAUUUUGUAUAAGUUGAUUUUCUUAUGAGGGAGCUUGCUAGUAAAUGGUAUCAUAUAUAUUAUUGAAUCUCUUCCAACAACUCAAUUUGUUGAUACUAAAUGGUUUUUUUUUACAAAGAACAUUAUUCGAAAGCUAAAUCAUGAAUUAUUGAUUGGUGUAAGAUUUAUUAUUAAACCUCUAUCAACAACUCGAUUUAUUGAUACUAACAGUUCUUGACAAAGAACACCAUUUGAAACAGUAAGAGUGUACGACUAACUAAAUCAAUAAUUGUUUGGUACGCAUAAUGAUAUUCUUGAUAGUCAUUACUACUAAUGCAUUUUAAUUUACCAAAAAUUUUCAAUUUUGAAAUUAUAUUAAUAAAAACUAUUUUAUCAUGUGUACAUUUUUCUAGGUGGACCAACAUUACACGAAAUUCUGUCUACGCCACUGAAAUUCAUAAUAACAUUUUCUCCCUACAACUCGAGUAAUCAAACAACAUACUAUCCCACUCAAACAUACACAUCAAAGAGCACAUUUGUCAUCCAUGAGCAGUAACCGUCAUCUAGAAGGGAAUGCUUUUCCACCUCAAUCAUCUAAUCCAAGAAACAAACAAACAGACAAUGAAGGAAGCAAGCAAAAGAUCCAUACCAGUCAACUGUCCUUGUUUCCUUCCAAACUCUUUCGAUUCCCUCCUCCACCUCCCCUUUUUAACUGCAUUUCUAAGGGGGAUUUUGUUGUCUCACCUCUUCUGUGUUUUUGUUCUUACAUACUAGACUCACAUCAACCCAAGAGUUAAAUGGCAGCUGUGGAAGAGAUUGGGACUGUGAACCUUCUUCAUCAACCUUCUGCAUAUGAUUCAGAAGAGGAGGAAGAAACCCUUUCGCUACGCGACCUCCCCUUAACCACAGCCAGCAGCAGCAGCAGCAGAAAUAUUGCUUGGGAUGAAAGUCAUCAUGAUCAUGACCAUGAACAAGAUGUGUUUGAGUUCUUCAAUCCUUCUUCCUCCACUUGCCAUGAUGAAGAAAACCAGGACAAGGGAAGCAUCAUGUUCUGUGGGAAGAUCAUCCCACACAGGAAACCUCAUCAGGGGAACAACAACAGCACAGACGAAACGAGCACGAUUGUUAACAGUAAGAACAACUUCAAUAGGCGGAGAUCAUCGUCCCACAAUGAACCUAGACCGGCGGAGUAUUAUUCCAGGCAACAGCAAGUGAAAAGGUUAUGGUCAUUACCACUGCCACGAUCACCAGUGCCAUCAGCAGCCAGAGUGUCGACGAAAUCGAGGUGGUAUGUGCUUGCAUUUGGAGCGGUGAAGGUUCCAGCGAAGAUGGAGCUUGAUGACAUGAAGUUGAGGCAGAGCAGGAAGAUGAGCAGCAGUACGAAGUCCGACGGUGAUGGAAGGAAUCGAGAAGUGGUGAAGAAGGUCGAUGGGAGUAGGAACAGGAAGAGCUCGUGGCCGGGGUUGCUUGGGGUUUUGGGCUGCAGUGGAGAAGAAGGCAGUAGGGCUAUGGUUAAAUCCUCAUUUGUCUGCAUGCCGUUACCGACUGUGUGAGUUCUUGUUAACUAGAAAAGUAGGCUUGAUGAUGAUAAUGAGUUCUGUGACUGAACAGCAGAAGGAGCAAUCUUCCCCAGAGAGAGAUUUCGGGUGCAGUUCAUGCUGUUUAAUCCUUCUGUGAGAGACUGAGAUCCCAGAAUGAAGAAAGCCGUCGUACGUCUACUGAUCAAUAUGAAGACUGCAAUUUUCUUCUGCAGUGGCUUGAAUGUUGCACCUUUUGCUUCUCUCAUACCUUAAAUAGCUAUAGAUUUACAACAUUCACUUAAUUUCCACCAUUUUCUCCCUACAACUAGUAUUGACUAUUGAAUAUUGAUAACACAAUGCAAUCAAAUGCACAUUCCUUU